UUCCCAGGUGCAAGUAAAUGUCAAGUUGGAGAUUGCCGUAAGACGCUGACCACAUAUCAUAAAUACUGGGGUUGUGAAGACGGGCACAAGACCUGCCAUCCCUGUUAUUGGGAUCUUAUUGAAGAAAGAGGAGAAGAUGACGACAGAAAGAUAGACUGCCCAUCCUGUGGUAAACACCUUAAGCAAAUCAAACCGAUUUUACCUGAAGAACACGCUUUCAUUUAUGUCGAUGACUCCAACAUGUGGAUCGAAGGGAAAAAGCUUGCUGCUAAACAGGCGAAUUUAAAAUGUGUGGAGGAUCCAAGGCUGCGCUUGGACAUAGGUAAGGUAACUGAUGUAGUCGCGAGUGGCAGAGAUGUUGCUUGGGGAAUUCUCUACGGAUCAGAACCUCCACCAAUCGACUCUGUCUGGAACAAAAUACGAGAACGUGGGUGGCAAGUAGUAACAUCUAAAAGAAGUGCUUUUACGAACAAGGAGAAGCAGGUGGAUCACCAGAUGGUAACGCACAUCACCGCGCUGGUAUCGGAUAGAAGCGUUGCAAAGGGAAAAAUUGUCCUUGUUAGUGGAGAUGCAGAUGUCGUCCCAGCAGUAAAAGAGGGAAUAAUCAACAACUGGUCUUUUGAGAUAUGGAUGUGGGCAAGUGGCAUCUCGAAGGCGUUAAGGACCCUUAAAGACGAAAACCCAGAAUUACUGUCAAUUUAUGAACUAGACUCCCACUUAGAAGAUAUCUCUUUUACCAAUUUCAAAUUUAGUGUAAAGCAAGUUUCUUCAAAAUUGAGCAAUCGUUCCGCAGUAAUAAAGAAUUUCAAAGUAACUGAGGGAUGGGAAAAGAAACUAACUGAAAAGCUAGGAUGGCCGUUUCAGUUUUGUUGGAUAGGACCAGAGACUCUAACAGAUGUGAAGGAGUAUAAAGACAUUCUCCUUAUUUUCCAGAGUCAUGUGAAGCCAAAAGAUGGCAAAGCAUUUUCAGAUCAUUUUGAAGAAAUAUUUCAAAAUCUGCAAAAAAAAUACCCCGGAAAGGUGGUAAAUUAUCCAGUCUAUCGCAGAGAGUAUGCUAAAGACGAAGAGAUAUGUCUGACAAAUAGGUAUGGGGUGUUAUCAAAUGUAGAUGAGGAGCUCAGCGCCUCUGACCAGUCAGACUUGGAAGAGGGAGGUGGAGAACGGAGCCGCCCAGGCAGCGGUAAAAAUUCCACCACAAAUGAUCGUGACCCUUCCGAGGCCGAGGAAUUUCAACUCGUUCAGGGUAAACAGCGUAGGCGAGCUCAACAGUAUUCUGAACUUUGUAAAUAUCGCUCCAAAUGUUCAAAAGGUUUGAAAUGUACGCAUGGCCACACUGAAGCCGAAAAGGAGUUCUUUAGAAACCCUAAGAAACACUUGGAAUGCAAUUUCAAGAGGAAUUGCAAGUAUGGGUCUCAGUGUAAAUUUGCCCACUCUAGUAAAGACAGUUUUUGUCGCGAAUGCCAUCAGUGGGGACACUUAGAAAGCGACUGUUCGGAAAAUUAA